AUGGCAGAUAUAUGUGAUGAUGAGUUUGUGAGCGGUGAUUCCGGUGCAUCCACAACUGAGCCACGCCAGUGCAGCGCUCUUCGAAAGAAUGGAUUUGUUGUUCUAAGGGACCGCCCCUGCAAGAUAAUUGAGAUGUCAACUGCUAAGACAGGCAAGCAUGGAUCUGCUAAAUGUCAUCUUGUCGGAAUCGACAUAUUCACGGGCAAGAAGUACGAGGAUAUUUCCCCCUCGACACACACCAUGCGAGUUCCAAUAAUUUCCCGCAAGGAAUAUACUCUUGUUGGCAUAGAUGAUGAUUUCCUUUCCCUGUUGGAUGAUGCCGGUAACAUAAAAGAAGAUGUUAAGUUACCCGAAGGUGAUGUCGGUAAGGAAAUCAAGGAGAAGUUCGAGAACAAGGAUGACUUGAAUAGCCUCUUCGUAAGUUUAUUUAUUCCUUCUCAUCCCUCACAUAGAUAA